GCCUUGGUGCAUCUCCCGUAGCCCUCCCUUCUGGGACGCUAGACGCCUCCCGCACUCCCACUGGGCUCCUCCCUGCUAUAGUGAAGACGAAACAAGUAGAAGAGGAAAUGACAUUGUCCAACUUAACCAGCGCAUCAGCUGGCGAGGCUAGUGUGUCUUCGGGCAACCAUGCUGAUGGCACCAAUCCUGGGAUGCCGCCGACACCGUCCACCCCGGCCACCCCCACUACCACCACCGUUACGGUGUCCAGUGGUCAGCCUCUCGGUGUACCUGUGAAACGCAAACGAAAUCUGCCGGGCACUCCAGACCCGGAAGCCGAGGUGAUCGCGUUGUCACCAAAAACAUUGAUGGCCACGAAUCGAUUCGUGUGCGAAAUUUGUAACAAGGGUUUUCAGCGCGACCAAAACUUGCAGUUACAUCGGCGCGGCCACAACUUGCCGUGGAAGCUGCGGCAACGGACCAGCAAGGAGGUUCGCAAGCGCGUCUAUAUUUGCCCUGAGCCCUCUUGUGUGCAUCACGACCCGUCGCGUGCUCUGGGCGACUUGACUGGUAUUAAAAAACACUUUUGCCGAAAGCACGGUGAGAAGAAGUGGAAGUGUGACAAGUGCUCUAAGAGAUACGCUGUUCAAUCCGACUGGAAGGCCCACUCUAAGACGUGUGGUACUCGAGAGUACCGCUGCGAUUGUGGUACCUUAUUUUCCAGGCGUGACAGUUUUAUUACUCACCGAGCAUUCUGCGAUGCUCUGGCAGAGGAGAGUGCCCGAGUAUCAGCAGGGAAGCAAGGUGGUGGACAACCUGAUGGACUCACGGGCCCAGGUUCGUCAUCCAUGUCAGUCGUGGGUGCCCCUUCCUCUCCUCCGCACGGCAAUAAUGUGGGUCCUGUGAGUGGGGAUCCUCUGGCUUCUGUGGUUCCAUUAGCAUCUAGAUCUGGCGGUUUGCCGCCAUCUAUGGCGGGUUUGGGUGGCCUUAGUGAGCUACCUCGUUGGUGUGGAGCCCCCGGCGGCUCUGGUUCUGUCCCAAGGGCUGGCACUGGUUUAUCGCUCUGGUUGGGACCUGAUCCAGGUCCUCCCGGCAACCAGCAGCAGAUGCAUCAGCUAUUGUCAGGGUCGGAUGGCAAUUCCUCGUUCCUACUGCAGGCUCAGAAAGGGAUGCAGGGUGGUGCUGACCUGCCCGGAAUUUUGAACCCACUUGACUAUGAUGUGCCACAGGCACCCCGACCUUCAAGUGGUCAGCUUCCCUUGACACCCUCCGGAAGCUUGCUUGCUCAUCUGUUUGCAUCUGGAAACGGACUGCAAGGAUUCCAAGGAUCCAGUCCAUCUCAAAGUGGAGCUACUGCUGGAAUGGGUAUAUCAGGAUUCUCAGAUUUUACUGGAGGUGCCUCUCGUAUGGAGAGAGGGUUAACUGCCGCAGGGAUGUCCCCAACUUCCUCCGCUGGAUUAACGAGCAACUCCUCUUCUGGGAACACCAACAGUGGUGGUAAUCUUUCCUCGGUGUCGCCACUUUUCAAAGCUCAGCAGCAACAGCAGCAGCACACUGCUUCUGCUCAGAUGUCUGCAACUGCUCUGCUGCAGAAAGCUGCUCAAAUGGGAGCAACCGCCAGCAACUCCUCUCUUUUGCGAGGAUUUGGGUUAGGAGGUGCAGAUUCAAACUCUUUGGGCAUAUGGCAAGGUCAUCGUCAAGAGCAACAGCAGCAGCAGUCACAACAGUCGCAUCCGCAGCCGCAGCAGCAACAGUCGCAGUCACAACCCCAGCCACAACAGCAGCAGGGGAGGACAGGUGAUCUUCUACUUAAUAACAUGGUAAACCAUGCUCUAAUAAGGCGACCGGGUGAUUUACAAAAUGUUUCGCAGGGAUUGGGUGGCUCGUCGUUAGGGCAGAGCAACAGUUUUGGAGGAGGUCAAGGAAGACUGUCUGAUAGUUCCACUAACGUGCAAGACUUAAUGAAUUCUUUGUCUGGAGGUGCUGGACUGUUCGGAGGACCAUUAAGUAGUAUGCCUUCUAUGUUUGGCCCUAGCUCUACGAGUAUGGGAGGAAUGCUGCCACCCAGUACCCAGCGCAUAUCUCCUAGUGAAGGUCUUGCUAAUAGUACGUUCACUGGAGGUCCAGGAGUGUUGCAAGGCAUGGGUCCUUCCUCUCUGUUGCCAGGUCUUGGUGGUUCCUCCAGAGGGGAGAAUGAUGGUAGUGACAGGUUUACUCGUGAUUUCUUGGGGGUAGGAGGAGCUUCAGGGAUGACAGCUGUUGGUGGAGGGAUGGGACGGACUCUGUCUCAACGAGAUUUGGCUAGUAUCACAUCACUUGGACCAGGUGUAGACCUUGGCGCUUUUUUUAAUCAAGGAGAGAAUCUGCGAUCCGUAAAUGCAAGCGGCCGCUCUCCUGGGAAGUCAUGGGACGCCACCUAGUUCCUCUGGAUGGCUUUGUGAAGCCCUCUUCCUGCCUAGGGUCAAUCAUAAUGCCUAGGAGGCACAUGCAAUUUUGAUUACAGUUAGUCUUUCCUUUUGUAAUACAUGGCCGUCAGGCAAGUGCCCCUCUGUACAUUGUGUUCCCUUCCGUCCUGCUUCCUGUGGAGGGUGUUGCGCAUGCCAUGAUAACUGAGAAGCUCUUCCAUUCAGGCUGAUGGUGCAUUUGAGUUGUAACAUAGUCCAUCAAGUGUCCCAAGUCUUUUUGGCCAUUUCCGUUUGGGCCGGCUUGUGGUGCUUUUGGUUGUUGUCCCAUAGUUGGGUUAUACUACCAUGUAACAAUUCUUUUGUCAACAAAUUAUUCGCUUCUCCUUU